AUGGCUGCGCCCAUGUCGGGCGAUAGUCAUCGGAAACGUUUAACGUACUCUGCUGAGCAGGCCAGUUUUUUAAUUCAAAAUUGGAUAGGGGAUGAUGUUACAAAUUCCAGUUCUUCCGAUAGUGAAACCGAUGAAGAAAAUAGGCCUCCAGGUACACUAAUGACCAAUAGAAAGGGGGUUCCAGUUGAAAUUAAGUCGAAGAAAGGUAUGAAAAGGGGGGAUAUAAAAGCAUUUUUGGUCAGACAAUAUCAUGAUUCUAAAUUGGAUGGACAAGCGCCUGGUGACUAUGAUUUCCUCGUUUCACAAAGGAAAUGA